AUGAAUUCCGACUCCACCCCCUCGAAAUCUGGGGCUACUCUCUCGCUCUACGCCAAUUUGUUGGAUCCCUCCGCCGAUAACUCUCCCGGAACGAUUGCUCGCGCCCCAGUCGUCUUCAAGCAGAGCACUGAAGGUGACUCUCAGUCGGAUGAAUCCGCUGCCAAAAAGCAGCAGCUCAAUUCUGCUUCUCUCAGAUUUCAACCUACCAGAAGACCCCAACUAGCGACUCAAAAACCGAAAGCAAAACCAACAAUACCAAAGGCUGUCGCAGCACCUGCGGCCCCGGCAGCUGCCCCAGUCAAGACUACUCUUGCGGAUUGGGCAGCCACAGAGGAUGACGAUGUCAAUGGAUUCUACGCCGGCCCGAAGAGGCAGCGAGGUGGUCGCAAGAAGCGCAAGAAGAAUCGCGAUGCGCAGGAGUUCAUGCAGAACUGGGACGAUAUCUAUGACCCGUCGCGACCGAACAACUACGAAGAGUACAAGCACAGCGACGAACAAAUAGCCGAAGUCCGGGAAUGGAAGGACCGUCUCUACGCACAUCGCAUGGCCAGGUCACCAAGCAGAGAUUCGUAUAGCGAUGAUGAUUACGUACGGCCCAUGAACCGACAAUUUGCUCCUCCGAGUAGUUUCGCGCCGCCCCCCAAUCUCAACGACAUGCCACCCCGACCACCCAUGGGAUCACAUACCCCGGAACAAACAAGCGAAACCCAAGGAGACAUGUCUAUGUCGGAUAUCCCUCCACCGCCACCUCCGCCUCAUGAACCACCAGCCCAGGUUCCGGAUGACCCUACAGGAGAAGAUGCCUACUUACGACGCCUCCAAAUGUCGAUGGGCAAUCAGCCUACGGGAAUCCCUGCUGCUCCACCGCCAACCAGGCCUCUGGAAGCCCUACAUCCAGAAUCUGCGACCGUAUCCCGUGCACCGGUUCGUUACACGCUGCCUCCCCCGCCCGAGGAUAUACCUGCGUCGGAGGCGGAGCUUGAAGAAGUCUUCGCGAAGGAGCAGCCCGUGGAAGAUGAGCCGGAAGAUGAUGGCCAGCGCUCCCUUCGACCCGGGCAGAAGGGGUUCGCUGAACGGCUCAUGACAAAGUACGGCUGGACCAAGGGUUCUGGCCUGGGCGCAACGGGGUCAGGCAUCGUCAAGCCAUUGCAAGUAAAGGUCGAGAAACAGAAGAAGCGACCGGACGCCGAAGGUGGUGGGUUUGCUACACCCGCUGGUCGGGGCAAGAUCAUUGGCGGCGCAAGGAAGAAUGAAGAGGAGGGGAAGUUCGGCCCAAUGAGCGAAGUGAUCAUCCUCAAAGGUAUGCUUGACGGGAUGGAUGUGGAUGCCGAAUUGGCCGGAGGUAGUGAGGGUGGUGGUCUGAUGCAGGAGAUUGGAGAAGAAUGCUCCGAGAAGUACGGUCGUGUCGAACGUGUCUUCAUUCCUAGAGAUUCGGCGCCUCCAGUGCCGGUGUUUGUCAAAUUUACCAACCAGCUCUCGGCGCUACGGGCUGUCAACGCCCUCGAGGGUCGGAUAUUCAAUGGAAACGCGAUCACUGCCCGGUUCUAUGACGUGUCUGACUUCGAACAGGGGAUAUACGAUAAUUGAUAGCAAGAAGCAGCCUUGUACACAUGAUACCUAUAAGCGAUGGGGUUGG